AUGGCAAAUACUGAUGUUGAUGGAAGCAAUAAUAUUGCAAAACUGGUUUGUAGGGACGAUUAUUCAGAUGCAGAAUAUCAAAAAGAACUCACUUUGGAAGAUGUUACGCCAAAACUAACCAAAUGGUUCUUUCAAUACCCAUAUUUGUUAAAGUUAAAUUUAUAUUUAGGGUGUGCUUUAUUCGGUAUGGUUACUCAAGGAUAUGACGGUACUUUAAUGGGUACUUUACAAACAAUUCCCACUUGGAACAGUUAUUUUAAUAAUCCUUCUGGUGAAAAAUUGAGUACUUUGACAAACGGUGUAGUGUUUGGAUCAAUAGCUACCACACCAUUUUUGGUUAUAUCUGGUGACCGUAUUAGAAGAAAAUAUAUGCUUCUUAUUGGUAUUAUUGCAUCAAUUAUAGGAGCUGGAUUACAAGCCGGUGCUGUGAACUAUGGUAUGUUUCUCGGAUCCCGUAUUGUGUUAGGUCUUGGUGGCGGUGCUACACAGAUUGCUUCUGCACCGUUGUUAGCGGAAACAGCCUACCCUUCUCAAAGACCAGCUAUAACAAGUAUGAUGCAAGCGAGCUAUCCUGCUGGAGCAUUUUUGGCAGCGCUUUUUGUAUAUGCUGGUUUUGAAUCAGAUUUGAAUUAUAACGAUUGGUCUUGGCGCAUGCCUUCGGUGUUGCAGGCUGCAUGUCCACUAAUUCAAUUAGUUUUGGUAUUUUUUUGUCCAGAAUAA